CAGGAGGCUUGGGCACCCUCUUCCCAGACGGAAUGCAGCCGCCUUCGCCCCCUGUGCCCACGCCCCUGGCGCUGCUGGACACCACAGGAGGGCUCGCCCGGAGGAAGCGGACCUCCCUGUGGUUUGUGGGGUCUCUGCUGCUGGUGUCCAUCCUCAUCCUGACCGUCGGCCUUGCUGCCACCACCAGGACAGAGAACGUGACCGUGGGCGGCUACUACCCUGGCAUCAUUCUGGGUUUCGGAUCUUUCUUGGGAAUCAUCGGCAUCCACCUGGUGGAGAACAGAAGACAGAUGCUGGUGGCUGCCAUUGUGUUCAUCAGCUUUGGGGUGGUGGCUGCCUUCUGCUGCGCCGUCGUGGACAGCGUGUUUGCAGCACGGCACAUGGAACUGAGACCCCUCAACAUGGGAAGGUGCCAAUUCUACUCCAGCAGGACAGGGUACUUGUAUGACAUCUACCAGACUGAGGUCACUUGCCAUUCCCUGACGGGCAGGUGCCAGCUGAAGGUGAGGAGCAACACCUGCUACUGCUGUGACCUCUACACGUGCAACAGUGCAGAGCUGUCCCCCACCUACUACGAAUUUGUGGGUGUGCGUAGCUGUCAGGACGUGGUCCACCUCUACCGGCUGCUCUGGGUCUCCACAGUGCUGAACAUCUUGGGCCUGUGCGUGGGCAUUGUCACAGCUGCCGUGCUGGGGGCCUUCAAGGACAUGGUCCCCCUGUCACAGCUGGCCCUCGGCCCAUCUUCGCCACCUCAGAUCCUCUACAACCCUGCCCAACAGGUCCUGGCCUACACCGGCUUCUGCUCUUCCGCAGCCAUGCCCACCUGCUCGGCUUACCCUCUGCCUUUGCAGCUCUCCUCUGACCUCUCCCUGCCCGAGGAUGCCCGGCCUCUCCCCCAGUGCCGCUCCAGCCUUGGGUGCCACCCCAGCGCCCCAGCUCUCUGUGCUCCAGCCUGCUUCCUCCCAGGGGAAAAGCCGCCCCCCUAUGCCCCCUGACGUGGAGGCAUUAGAGUGAAAAACACUUUUUGUUUAUUUGUUCGUGUUAAAGCUGCCUCUAGAGCUCUAGCUUCUGCAGCCAACCUCCUAGAGAACCUUGACAAUGUUCUGGAAGGCUGUGCCUGCCCUCCCUCUGGGGCAAGUCCUCGUCCAGGCCAGGCCAGGACAGAGCAGAGGGGAGCAGGGCCUCCCCAUCUGGAAGGGGCUGCCUGGCAUUUGUUGAUUUGUUAGAUCCCUUCCUGUUAGUAGACUGGCUGUUGCCCUGUGCCUGCCUGCCUGCCUCCUUACCGGAAGUGUGCAUGUGUGUCCCCAAGAAGGCCACUCCCACCCUGCCCCUUACAUCCUUCUGACUUUUGCUUGGAGUGAAGACAAGCUUUGGUCAAAUAUCCAGUGCUGCUCCAAAAGGCCAGGAGCUGCCUGAGGUCUGUGUCCUGUCUGCUCAACUCAUAUAGACCAGCUGUCCACUGUCCGGGCUACUUUCCACCUGACUGCUGCCCUUAUUAAGCCCUGUGGUCCUCUGAGCGAUCCCAGAUGAGUCUGCCCACCUGGCCCCUGCAGCAGAGCCUGCCAUGGAGGUUGGAUGUGCUCUGAAGGGCUGGGGGGCGGGGUUCCCAGGGCCUUCAGCUGAGGGCCAGGGCAUAAAAGGAGGCCUUGAACAUGCACCUCUUCCAGAUGCACCAGGGAAUGGGUGAGCACUCCUGGAACCAGCCAGAGACUGAGUUGGUGGACCAGAGUCGUAGAGGGAGCUGGGGGGCCCAGAAUGCACCCCAAGUGUGCACUUUGGUGUCAAGGGAUCUGGGGAUGUAUCUGUUGUCGAAAGUUCUUUUGAGCUGAAGUUUCUUGGGGGCCAUCAGUGGCAGAUGGAGCUGUAUCCACUCAAAGAAAGAGCCUCAGGAACCUGGGCUCAGUGCCUCCCAGCAUCUCCACCAGAAGAGGGGCUCUUCCUGAGGGGCAGUGCCACCCAGACACCCUGACCACCACAUCCCUCUGCCUUCCAAAGGCCUCACCCUGCCCCAAAGCCAUUCAUGCUCUGGCCCCUCCUCUGCGAACCUACACAAGAUCCUCCAAGUCUCACAGAGCUCGAGUCUCACUGG